AUGUUCGCCAAAGUGCGACUUCCGGGACUCUUUCGGCCAUCGCCGUGGGGCAGGUGGUGGCGGCGGCAUCCGAGAUUUGCGCACCUCGCCUUGGUAAGGGAGCCCCCUUCCUCCUACUGGACCAUCCCACGGGAGUAUGCCGAUCUCCUGGAAAGGUUUAUGGACGGCAAGCUGGAGACCAGCUCCGAGGAUCCGUCGCUCGAAGACUUCGACGCCGGCUUCCGAGAGCAGCGAAGGGCCUUCUGGAGUCAGACGAGAGCCUGGGCCAAACAGCGCUUGGGGAAGCUGGGCAAAGACUGCCCCCAGGCGGAGCGGCGCACGGCGAAGUUGCACGAAAGCCUCUGGGUGGAGGAGCUCAGUGUGGCCGUGGAGCUUCAUCGCUGUGAGGUCCUCACCGGAACGCUGCCUCCGCUCGGCGAUGGGCUUUUCCGGCUGGACAUCAGUGAGAUCCACGAUCGCGACCCGGCGCUGGUCCAAAGCCUCUUGAAAGGCGUGGUGGUGACCAUCCACGCCCAGGACCAGUCCUUCAAUGCCUCGGUACAGCCGGGAAGUGACUCCGGGAGGCUGAUUCUCUCAGCCAAGCCCGAGCUGGCCCACGCCGAGGGGCCGUACAAGGUGCGAUUCAAGCCCCACCGCUUUACGCAGACCGCCAUGCAUCGCGCCCUGGAGUCGCGGAGAGCGCGACAGGUGCUUGGCGAAGAUCCCGGCGAGGAAGCCACAAACGUUGCACCAGAUGCACAGCACGCGACCGCCGCAGAGCGCUCGCUGCCCUCAGCAUUGAAUUCCGUGCAGCGCCGCGCGCUGGCCGCGGCGAUGACCUCGAUCAGCCGUCUCCCAGUUGUGAUCUGGGGCCCGCCGGGGACUGGGAAGAGCACGCUGGCGGCGUAUCUGAUCUGGCAGUUGGCGCAGCUACCCAACAAGCAGGUGCUUGCAGCGGCUCCAUCCAACACCGGUGCAGAUGUGCUCUGCGCCAAGCUGGCAAAGCUGGGCAUGGACCCGAGCCGCAUGCUGCGACUGAACGCGCUGGGCCGGAAUCAAGCCACCGUGCCCGAGGAGGUUCGCGAGUUCUGUUUCACUGCCGCCCGCUCUGACGGCCAUCGCGGCUUUGCAGUGCCCCCGUUGGACCAGCUGCAAGCCUACCGAGUCAUCAUUUGCACCUGCACCUGCGCUGCGCACAUCGCCAACGUCGCGAACAGGGCGGGGGUGUCUGGAUGGUUCUCCCACGUGCUCGUCGACGAGGCGGGCGAGGCCACGGAGCCAGAGACUUUAGUGCCCCUGCAGCUUGUAAAAGACACGGGCCAGGUCUUCCUCUUGGGCGAUCAUUUUCAACUUGGUCCACUCGUGCUUUCCUCGCUGGCCGUUCGCCUGGGGAAGCUGGACGAGUCCAUGAUCGAGCGCCUUGCGAACGAGCGCUUCCGCGCUGCCCAAUCAGGCAUCCUGGGAAGGGGCUGGGGAUUGUCAGUGAAUGCAUUGCAAAUCCUGACGACGCUUGUGGUCUUGGUGGUCUCCACCAUCGCCCCUGUUGUGGCCACGGCUUACUGGGUGCCAAUGUACACCAUGGAGGAUACCUUCUUCCUCUCGGUCAACUGCAUGUCAGCUAAUCUUCGGUAUCCUGGACUUGUCCUCAUGAAGAUGGGCUCCGCUUCCCGAGCCGUCGCUCUGACGCUGCUCUUCCUCCCGCUCGUGGCGGAGGCCGACGUCAAUGGCACCGCUCUGUCGACGACGGCAGAUGAGCUGACAGUGAAGCAGGCGAAUCUGCGCCAGCAGGUCAAGGCACGCCUCCGAGAGGCCGACGUCAAUGGCACCGCUCUUGCGGCGGCGGAUGAGAACCCAGUGAAGCAGGCGAUCCUGCGCCAGCUGGCCAAGGUUCAGGUAGAUGAAAACAUCGAGUCCGACCAAGUCUGCUGGGUCUCUCGGCACUCCUUGUGGGACUGCGGUCUCGAAUGCUAUGCUUCGAGCUCCCAUGAGUGGCGGCCCUGUGCGAGCAAGUGCGCAAAGCUCCAGCACCUGGGCGCGCACUGUAACUACUGCCUUGCCGAGCUGGUCCACUGCGUGCUCCUGCAGUGCGUCUCACCAUGCGCCGUCAGCACGCACUCUUCCUCCUGCGAAGGAUGCAUUCUUGGAGGUUGCAAUGCCAAAUGCUGGAAUCCGUAG